AUGAAUAGAGUGUUGUUAUUUGGGCUUUUAGGAGUCGUUAACGCUUUUGAAAACACAGCUCCCCUUGUUGUGUCGUCGUUGGACUUCAAGACGCUGUUUUCUCCAUUCGAGUAUCUUGUUUCGUCUGAGAAACUUGCGGAUGUUACACAGCUGACCGAGCACCUUUGUGUCAACAAGCCGGACGAGACGGUGUUGUAUGUGCAGGUGAACGGGCUCAGUUCUGGCGACUUGAAGCGCAGCGUGGGGUCUGGCCUGGGCGAGGCCGUUUCUGUUGCGCCACACGUGGUGUACCAAUCGAUCAAGGACGUUUCACUUGCCAUUUCGCCCCAAUGCUCUACAUACAAGGUGGACUCGCUCAACAACGACUGGGUGGACCAGCUCAGUCGUCCCGGCGUGGUCCAGAUGGCCAUUGACGCCGAGGACCUGAAAUCCGUGGAGGAAACGGCUGCUGUUCUGGGUGUUUCCAACGUCAUAAUACAAGGAGUGCCUGCGUUCGAGAGUGCAGACUCGCUCGUCAAGAGCGCCAAGAACUACGUCAAGAAACUCACACAUACAAAGCGCGACCAGAUCGUCGACGAGGAGGACUACGAGUCGCUGCAAGAGCAGCUGGACCAGGCGUUCGAGGAGAUCAACGAGAUGAUCCAGGACGAAACCGCCACCAUCUUAGAGGAGGCCGCAGAACAGGCCAGCCAGGGCUCCUCGUAUAGCACAAGCACACCGUUCGUGGCGCCAGACGGAUCGCUGUUCGAGAACGGCCAUCAGCAGCACGAUCCCUGCGGCCGCGUAGGGGCUCAAUUGCACUGGCUUGAUCGACAGGUAUCUUGCCUGCAGACAGUAGGUGAAGGGCACCCACGACAGGUCGCCGAAUGCCAGCAUAAACCCGAACCCGUCUGUGGUGAUGUCCAUCAUGGAAAUUACACCUUCCUCGUUGAGCACGCCGUCAAAGAUGUAGAACGUCUGCAAUGCCACGACAAUCAGCAGCGCGUUGCACACAGAGCCCAUUUCCAGGUACUGUUUCUGUACGCAGGAGAGGUCGAUCAGCAGCCACAGCAGCAUUCCUGGUCUGAGCUCGCAAAAGAGCUUGAUGUCCCAAGAACCAAUUCUAGGGUUCAGCUCGCGGCCGAUGAACCAGUCGAACAGCGGGUUCUUCGAGUUGCCACCCUCGGCAAGAAUGCGCUCGUACGAGCCGGCGCCGUUCGGUCUUCUGAGGGGCAGGAACGAGCAGAUGUAGACGAAUGUGCUCACAAGCAGCGAGAACUGCCACGACACAAGGAACAACGCGAGAAAGUUGUCGUACACGAACUGCAGCUCCGGGAUGCGGCCACGCGUGUACCAGGCCCUUGCUCCGAGCACAGAACAGAGCAGCAGACUCAAUUCCCUGCCAUUGAUCAGAUAGGUCAAAUAAGUACCGUCUCUCAGCUGGGUGCCUCUUUUGGAGAACCCGGGCACCACGAGGUCGAGGACGGCGAGUCCAAAGAACCAGACGACGUAUGCGAGCCACACCUGCUUGUUGAAGAACGUUUGCCAGGUCAAAUUGUUGCGGAUCAACAUGUGCACUGUUUGGAGCUGGAUAUCAACACCAGUAACAACGUACGCGUCGUUGCAGCAGAGGUACAGAAACAGCACCACAAGCGGCAACGUGACUGUGAGCACGAGCGCGCCGGGAAACCCAAAGAAGUCCUUCUGGACGGUGACGGGGUUAAGCAUUGGCAAAGAAGAAGAGUGCUUGUUUAG